AUGAACAUCGCAUGGCUUCCUUGUAGUAGCUUCUUUUCCUCUGCCGUCAAAUUCAUGGUUUUCCAUUCUCUCAAAAGGCUACAUUCGCCUUUCAGGUCGAUUGUCGCGCAGGGACCAUCAUCUCCUUCAUUGUCAAUAUUCUCAAAAAGCAUGUCUACCACCAUCCCCCAGCAGGUAAUUUCUGCUUUCAACCAAACCGAAACCAUCUCCCGAUCUUUGGAACUAUCUUUCAAUGAAGAUGACUCCAGCAUUCGUCAGAAAUACCGGCCAUUCAUUAUUCCCAAUAAUGGCACCGAGGACUGGGUCAACAACUUAGACCUGGGCACCGCUCUCGAUAUGGCCGAAGGUGACCUAAAAAACACAAAGGAGCGGUUGAAAGUUCUGGUGCUGUAUGGCAGUCUCCGGACACGAUCUUAUUCACGACUUGUGGCAUUCGAAGCCUCCAGAAUUCUUUUCCGACUCGGUUGUGAUGUACGAGUCUUUGAUCCUGAAGGUCUGCCGGUGAAGAACGACCGCGAUACAAAUCAUCCAAAGGUGCAGGAACUCCGAGAGCUUAGUGCUUGGAGUAACGGACAAGUAUGGGUUUCACCAGAGCAACACGGUAAUCUGACCGCCGUCUUCAAAAAUCAGAUUGAUUGGAUCCCCCUGAGCACAGGGAGUGUGCGUCCAACUCAGGGCCGAACACUGGCUAUUGCUCAAGUAUGUGGGGGAUCACAAUCGUUCAAUGCCGUUAACUCUUUGCGUAUACUUGGUCGGUGGAUGCGCAUGUUUACGAUCCCCAAUCAAUCCUCAAUCCCGAAGGCAUACACACAGUUCCCGGAUGAAGGGCAACCGGAUAAUCAGCGACUCAUGCCUAGCGGCAAUCGAGAUCGGUUGGUGGAUUGUAUGGAGGAAUUUGUGAAAUAUACUAUUCUGAUACGGCCUCAUAUCGGGCUUUUUGGCGAUCGCUAUAGCGAACGAGAGGAGAAGAGAUUGAAGGAGGCUAGAAUAAAUGGGGCUAUAUAG